UUCAUCGGAUAUAGCUCUGUCUUUUCCCUUCGAUGGAUCCGAAGAGACUCCGUGCUUGUGAAUUUUGAACUGCCGAUCUCGCAGAUCCUCUAAAGGAUGCUUUGGCGCAGUCACCAAGUCAAAGCCCGUGCCUUUACGCUGUAGAGCCCGCCUUUUCACGAAUUUCGCUACCUUUUCCAAUUCAUGUUCCGAAGCCGCUGCAUGUUUUCUCCUGUAAGAUUUCCCAGUUCAUUCGAUGCCUAAUUGAUUAGCUUCUGCUAUGGAGGCAGCCCUAGCGUGCUCGCUGCCUUGUCCCCCAUCACCGAGCUUGGUUAAUCGUUUACCGGACGGAUUCAAUCAUUUGGCUGCCGGACGAUGCGCCAGACGCACGAAGGUCGCAUCUGUUGGAAGACAACGGGUGCUGCCUGCAACCUGUUUGUUUCAUGGUCCGUGUGAUUCAGGUGACAUUAGAAUCUUCGUCGUAUCGGAUUUGCAUACAGACUAUGGAGAGAACAUGGAAUGGGUGAAGUGCCUUCCGACUGUGUGGCACAAGGGGGAUGUCCUCAUUGUCUCCGGAGAUGUGGCGGAAACAAUCAGCAAUUUUGAGCUCACCAUGUUGCAGUUGAAGAAGAGGUUUGGCAGCAUCUUCUAUGUGCCGGGGAACCAUGACCUGUGGUGCCGAAGAGAAGGUGGAAAAUUUACGGAUUCACUGGAAAAGCUGAGUGAAUUGCUUGAAACAUGUAACGAGUUAGGAGUACAAACUGCUCCGAAAAGUAUGGGCAGUGUGGGUAUCAUUCCAUUGUUUUCAUGGUAUCACAAGAGUUUUGACAGAGAGAAAGAUAUAACUAGUGUUCAAAUUCCCUCACUUGAGAUGGCAUGCAAGGAUUUUCACGCUUGUAGGUGGCCUUCACAACUAUCAAGUGAUGAUGUUGCCCUAGCUCACUUCUUUGAUACUAUGAAUGAGAAGAACCUUGAACUUGUUCAAGAAAUGCAAAAGAGUUGCUCUCAGUUGAUAACAUUCUCUCAUUUUGUCCCAAGGGUCCUAGGUGCUAGUGACAUCUAUUGGGGUUUUUUAGUUACAAAGACUUGAAUGCGCUUGACGUCAACCUACUCAAUUGUUUGCAAGAAUGCAUUGUUUUCAAUUGAUGAAAUGGCUUAAUUCGCAUAUGCACUUUCCCAGGAUACUAUACUAGCAUGGGGAAACCCAAGUACCAGAAAUCAUUUUAAUCAUUUAUUUAACACUGUAACUGUCAGUCUCAGACUCAAAUGAACAAGGUGCUACACCCUUCGACAAGUGUAAAAUCAUUCCAAAAUCGUUUUGGAAUAUGGAUCUUAACUAGAUCCCUUGUGAGGCUAGUCCAUCACUGAAAAAUCAUAGACUUUACUUUCACUAAGAUUUGGCAUUGAAUAGAACUCAGUAGCGAAAAUAGGAUUCAAGAACCAAAUAGAGUUGGACAUGAAUCUCACUGGGAGAGGUGAGGUUAGUAGGUGAUGCAUAAAAAUAAAAGUAAGGAAUAGAAGCAAACAUUAAAAAUUUAUUUGUAGUCGUCAUUAACUAGAAUACUUUCAUAGAAAUUGUACACUUAGGAGUAAAUUGCAUUAUGUAGUUAUAUAACUUAUACAUUGGAACUUGAUUG